CCAGGAGACGCGGGACUUGGAACGGCGGCAGAGGGGAGCCGGUCGGUAGGUAGGUAACUAAAAGGGGAGAUUGCUGCAGGAGAUGUGAUGGGUCCACAGCGCCGCCGGCCCCCCUCUCCUCUCACCUUUUCGGCGACAAUGUUUCACUGAAGACACAAGCGUCGAAUCUAUGCGUUGUGUGCGGCCAGGGGCAAGAGCGGAGGGUGGUGUGGUGUGACUCGGAAUGGGUGGGCAAGCACCAUGCUGUGGACGAGUUGAACUCGGUGGCGCAGCCCACUCAUGCGGGCAGCAGGUCGCUGCCGUUUCCCAGGGACGAUCAGGCGGCUCCGCGGCACCAAGAGCGAGCGACCUUGCAUGGCGGAGGUGCGGCUACUGCAUGCUACGCGGAUGUGUUCCUCCUGCCUGUGCCUAG